CCAAUCAGCAGUGUCACAUAUCCAAGAUUUUGGAGAUGCCACCACGUCUCCCGAUGGAGAUGCCGCAUCUCGCGCGAGAGGUGUGGGUGUGGGUGUGGGGGAUGCGCAUCUCCAAAGGAGAUCUUACAUCUCCAGUGGUGAAUGACCACAUCUCUCGAGUGUGGGUGUCGCAUCUCCCGUUGGAGACGCGGCAUCUUCCACGGGAGAUGUGGUGGCAUCUCCAAAAUCUUGGAUAUGUGACACUACUCAAAAAAACAUAUAUACCUCAUUUAGUUUACAUAUUGAUUUAAUAAUAGAUAUUAAUACAAUUCCAUUUCAGCUAAAAUGUAUAGAUGAUAAUCUUAUUUUUAAUUCAAUGAAAAAUGGUUGAUGGACUGAUGAAAUAAAAUUAAUAACAAAUCCUUUAAUUCUUAAUUCAACAUUUACUAUAGAUAUUAUAAUUGAUAUAAAUGAAAAAUAUAAGGUAAAUAGAUAUUAAAAAAAAACAAAUUUUUUUUAAAAAUUAGUUUGAUUCGAUUUUUAACGUUACUUUUAAUGGAUGUAUUUCUACUAAAAUUGACAAACGUCAAUCAUUAGAAAAUGUAAAAGAACUUCACAUUUAUAGAGAUCUUAAUCUUAAAUCAGCUAAAAUUAUUCAUGCAGUGAAAGAAGAAGAUAAUUCAAAGAAAACAUUAAUUAUUGGAAUAGUAAUUACAAUUGCUUUAUUACUUAUAACUGGAAUGAGUAUUUUAUAUAUUUUACGACGAUAUUGUGCAGAUUAA